AUGGACGAUGACAAUAGUGAAAAUGACAUUCUACAGGUGCCCUCGAGAGCACAGGAAAUGGCGUUGGCCAUUCUUCCUAUUCCAAGCGCAAUCCUCAGCAUAAUUGGAAGUUCCAUCAUUAUUUACAUGUCUGUGUCUACUCGGCGGAAGCGAAAGUGGACGCCCUAUACUCGGUUACUCUUGGGCUUAAGCUUUUAUGACAUCGUGGCAAGUAUCACGCUCGGUAUGGCAACCUUUCUGCGCGACAAAGAUACCAGUCCAAGGCCGCUCUCCUUUGGUUCGUCAGGAACGUGUUCCAUGGUCGGGUUUUUCAACCAGCUGUCGUAUGGGACGAUUUGCUACAAUGGAAUGCUCAGCUUUUACUUUCUGCUGACUGCGCGCUUUGGACGUAGCAAUGCUUAUGUUGCCAGAGUUGUAGAGCCAUGGAUGCAUCUCGUGAGCAACGGAUUUGCAGUAAUUACGAGCGUGGUAGCUCUUGUCAUAGGUGCCUACGGUGAAAUGGCGCACAGCAAUGGCUGCUGGGUUGCUAAUUACCCUCGUGAGUGUGGGGGGGAGGAUGGACCUGUAUGCAAAUCACGACUUAUUGGAUGGCUGUAUUUUGGGCUUCCUGCGAUUAUCGUGUUGAUCUGCUUGCUCGUCAACAACUCCAUCAUUUUCAUGUUUGUUAGACGGCAAACCAUUUCUUUGAGGAUGCCGAGCUCAGCCAGUUGGGUUCAUACGGGUCUAGAUGCAAGUAAUUCUUCUUGCGUGGGCGAAUAUGGGAUCCAGAACAUGGAUUCAGACAGAAACAAGUUUGUGCCAAACGAAACGUCUCUUGCAGAUGACGGACAAGAUUCCAAUAAUAGAGCUCAUUUGACGAGGGAUCAAGCACGACGGCUCCGACUAGUUACCAGUCAGGCGUUCUUGUAUGUAGCUUGCUUCGCCGUGUGCAAUGUUUGGACUGCAAUUGUGGGAAUAUUUGAGCGAUCCGGGGUCGCGGAGAAAGAAGAGUUGCAAAUAGUGGUCGAUCACUACGUCUUUUAUGUGUUGCAAGCGAUCCUGGCACCACUAAAUGGAUUGUUCAACGUGUUCGUCUUUAUCAGACCCAAGUAUCAUCUUUGUCGAAGAGCAUUCCCAAAAGAGACUCGGCUUUGGAUCGUUCGCAGAACCAUUCUUGGACUAAAUGUCAAACCAACCUACUCCUUGGGUAGUCAAUCAAGAGCUGCCAAUGUUCCCCGAGUCUCUCCUACAGACCGAAAUAAUGGAAGCGGCGAAAAGGGACUUGAAACAAACAUGGCCUCAUCAACUCGGCUACCAAGAGACAUGAUAUCAUCAGUGACAGCCAGCGAAGGUGACUUCGAAUCCGAACGACCAACGGCCAGUAAUACUAACGAGGGCUGGAUUUCCGAUAAAAAGGAGAAAGGCUUUGGUUUGAUUCUUUCGAGUGUCCCGCUUCGGUUCCGGUCGCUUCGAGAAAUGAGACCGUCCGCUUUAGAAGUGAUCAGUGAGAAUGAAAUUUCCACAUUCGAGCACACUUUCCAAAUUUCGAUAGCUGAAGAAUUGGCGGUGGACAUGUCUUCUGGCGAAUUUUUCCCCGACAAUUCGGAGAGACGUUGGGCAUCUGAUUCCAGCGAUCCCUCCGUAACAUCGUCAGCUCGCCAAUCACUGUCCAUACCACGAAGAGAAGGGACCACUUCUGACGAACAGGGUAUGUCUAACUCCCAUCUAGUUCAAAACGGAUCCAGUAACCAGGAGGAUCACUUACCGUCCCUGCCGGUGGAUCAGCCCAUCAAGGUACCGCUACGUCGAUCGACGCCAGGUUCACCAAAUGCAGAGAGGAAGAUUUCAGAACCUGAGCCAUCGAGUCCGUCACGGCGGAUAGCCGAAAAAGAUCAAGACACAGUGGAAGCCACAAUGGCUACUGAUAAACCAAUCAAGCCGCCGAUACGUCGUGGGAGUCUGGGUUGA